UGGAAUGGAAAGAAACACGAGAAUGCGUUCCGUUUGCCGUGUAGAAAGGCGGCGCCUCUUUUGGCACCCAGCUGAGCAUUGCAUUUCCUUCCUCCUUUUCCCAGUCGGAGGAAUGCAAUGCCGUAAACGAAAGUUUCCCAUCCUUGUGUUUUGGGGGGUGGGCCAUCGCGGUGUUGAUAAGAAAAAGGCGGACUCCUUGUACCAGUUUGGUUUUGUUUUGUACGCGCAUUGGUUCCUGGCUUGCUCAAUAAAUUGCAACCACUUCCUUCCGAAUUCCGAUCUAGCGGACUACCAGUUCCUCCCGAUCUUGGGUUUGAGGAGGCCCCGAGCCGAGCGUCAGGCAUGGAGCACUGCUAUUUGAGGCAGCCGAUCUCGAGGGCCGAGGCAGUGCCCGAGAGGAGGUCCAGGUUGUGGCAGAUGGACGCGCUGCCGCUGCCGCCCCGGGCGGAGGUCCUCUGCCCCCAGCCUCGCCGCGCCGCCCGGAUCCCCUUCGCCGUUUCAGUAAACAAGGCCAUCCCCAGGUCGAAUUGUGCGCUUCCGCCGUACAGACCAGCCUCCGCCUGCGACAUACUCGAUGAUCUUAUCCUCAGCAAGAAUGACUUCUCAGAUGGAGCAGAUUCGAGCAGCGGCCAGGCGGGUUUUUUAUGCGGCUCGCCUCCAGUGCGCGCUAACAACCCUGUCGUCCAUGACCCGCAGUUCGGUAAAAGAGCGCUGCCAUCCAUGUCUCCCCUAGGGAGCAGCUCCCACGUCAAGCUUAAGGUUGAGGCAGGCUCGCCAUCCUGCGGCGUUAGCAGCAGCCCGAAAGUGAGGAUCGAAGGCUUUGCCUGUGGCAACUCGGAGACCCACUACGCAGUUACGCCGCUCCUUGUGUGAAUCGAAUCGCCGUGGUGGCGUAGCCUGAUCAGAGUCGCGUUUUUUGCCCUUCUGAAUCUGCUGCCAUCUGAAGCUUCACAAUUGCAUUGAGCAGUAUGAUUUAUGUGUGUCUAGUAAAUGUAGCUGGAGUUGCAUGGAUAAUGAAGGAGGAGCCUGUGAAUAGAGCGUUUUUACUUUUUUUUUGGUAUUCGGGAAGUAAGAUGCAGCAUCGAGUUUUCAGUUAUUAUGGAUGCAUCUUUGUUUUGUCAUACGAAGGAAACUAUAUAUGUAGCUUUGAUUUUUUUUCCUAGAUAUAUUCAUGCUGUA